CUAAGCAAACGAAGCAUUGCAGGAGAUAGAGUUGCUGCCACUCAGUCCACUCGCAAGAAACACCGCAAUAAGACGCAGCACACAAUCGUUAUUGACUUUGUCACACUUAAUUUAUUUUUGUUGGCUGAAAGUUAAAAUAAAUUAAGCGAUUAAUUUGGGUACUGUUUGUAACCACAUGAUUCGCGUACAGUACUCACCCGCGUGUGAGCUCCGUUGGGAAAACAUAUAAAAACCUUUUAAAAAUUAUUUAACAAGCACUGCAACCACUAUUUGUGUCCUGUGAAUUGUAUACGAGUGUUUCGUGCAUAAUUAUUUACAAAAGCAAAAUAUUUUUAACCUUGAUAAAUUACAUAUUUGUGCCAGUGCGUUGUUAGAAUUAAUAUGUUUUCAAACUCCGCUAAAAUUAAAAAAGUAAGUGCCGACGGCAAAGCCAUGAUGUGAAAAAUAUUCCGUUAAGUUCAACUGAACGUCGUAUAGAAACAUCUUUAAUCUGGAUCAGUUAAAUCAACAUGGACGCGUACGCUUUACCAACGUAUUUUCCCCUUGCAUACUCGGAACUACAAUUCCUAGCAUCUAGGCGAGCAGCAGCUGUAGCAGCGGCGGCAACUGUGUUACCAGGAUCACCAUGCCUGAACCACGUUCCGAUAACAGAUGUUAGUAGUUCGGUGACAGUUCCACCCCCGAUGAAUGAACCUGCGGCAUCGGACUCUAUAAAAGCGUCUACUUCUAUUCUCACACCAAUUAAUACUGGGAAUGCUAGUAACCACGCAUUACUGGCCAACUCAGCUGGGCACCAUCAUCAUCACCAGCAUCAACAUGUUCAUAGUAUAAAUGUAGGUGGGCAACCACAACCACACGAUUUCCACCCGGCCUACAGAAUUCCCGGAUACAUGGAACAAUUUUACUCUUUGCAAAGAAGCAGCCCCUCUGCAUCCUACCAUGAUCCAUAUGCCAACUGUGCCUCGGCAUUCCACUUGGCCGGUCUUGGACUAGGAUCAGGUGACUUCUUGGGUACGCGAGGUAUGGGUUCUAUAGGUGAAUUGCAUCAUGCCGCUGUUGCAGCCGCCGCAGCUGCAGGAUCACUGGCAAGUACAGACUUUCACUUUAGUAUCGAUGGUAACGGACGACUAAAUAGCCCGCGGCCGGCUGGCGGUAGUAUUCGUGCAAGCGUUAGUCGCAAACGCGCGCUGUCUUCAUCGCCAUAUUCGGAUUCAUUUGAUAUUAAUUCAAUGAUCAGAUUCUCACCAAAUUCACUAGCCACGAUUAUGAAUGGCUCGAGAGCCAGCAGCGCUGCUAGUGGCUCAUAUGGUCAUAUUACCGCUGGUGCAAUGAGUCCAAUGGCACACGCCCACACAUCAAUAACACCACGUUUACAGCAAAUACAAGCACAUUUGUUGCGUGCAAGUGCUGGACUUCUGCACCCCAUGACCCCGCAACAGGCGGCUGCUGCCAGUUUUUCCAUGACCCAUGCAGCAAACGCAGCUGCUCUAGGCCUAAGUGAUGUCCAUUCCAAACCAAAAGAGUUACAAUUACCCAUUCUUGCAUCGAAAUCUCCAACAUCGAAAUCAGUUUCAAAUGAAUUAAAGGAGAUUGCUGCUUUAAAAAACUUCGACGAGGGAAACCAGAAAACCCGACAAUUAAAAAACAAGCCUAUGGAGCAGCCAUCGUCCACAUCUGACAGCGUGGCACAAGUAGAAGCGGAUAGCGCCUCUUCGAAUUUAUUGGAGCGCCGACAACGUAAUAAAGGUUCAGGCAGCACUGGUAAUGUCAAUGGGGUUGGACAAAGUAGCCAUGCGGAGGAAUUUGUCAUCUUUGGCUCAACAUCGACUCCAUCGAAUGAAUAUGACUGUACCACUGCUGACACAACAGAUAUUAAAGAUGAGCCCGGUGAUUUCAUUGAAACGAAUUGCCAUUGGCGUAGCUGUGGUAUCGAAUUUAUGACCCAAGAUGAACUCGUUAAACACAUAAACAACGACCACAUUCAAACCAACAAGAAAGCUUUCGUCUGUCGAUGGGAGAAUUGUUCACGAGGUGAAAAGCCAUUUAAGGCGCAGUAUAUGCUGGUUGUACACAUGCGUCGCCAUACCGGUGAAAAACCACAUAAGUGCACGUUUGAAGGGUGUUACAAAGCGUACUCCCGUCUUGAGAACCUGAAAACUCAUUUGCGUUCACAUACGGGUGAAAAGCCGUACACCUGCGAGUAUCCAGGAUGCAGCAAGGCCUUCAGCAAUGCCAGUGAUCGAGCAAAGCAUCAAAACCGAACUCACAGUAAUGAGAAGCCAUACGUUUGUAAAGCACCCGGUUGUACGAAACGUUAUACCGAUCCAAGUUCGUUGCGAAAACACGUCAAAACCGUUCAUGGCGCUGAGUUCUAUGCUAAUAAGAAACACAAAGGCUUGCCCUUAAAUGAUACAAACUCGCAACUAGAGAGGGAUAAUGGCCAUAAUCAACAUCAUCUGCAAGAGCAGCAUAUUGACUCAAGCCCUUGUAGCGAUGACCUGCAUAUUGGAAAAAUGAUAGGCAUGUCCAGUCCCAGUAUUAAAUCUGAAUCAGAUGCCAAUUCUCCACAUCAUUUAAUGACAAAUGGUGGAGGCGCCUCAGCUUCUGAUUGCUUCUUAUCAUACACGCAAGACGAUAUUGCCGAAAACGGUGCCUUGAAUGAAUGUUGGAACUGUGAUGAUGACGUCGAUGUGGCCGACCUACCUAUAGUCUUGCGAGCAAUGGUUAAUAUCGGGAAUGGUAAUGCCUCUGCCGCGUCUAUGGGGGGAACUUCAAUGGGUCGCCAGCGCUUUCGCAGUCGACUUCAAACUAAAGGUAUAAACUCGAGUACUUCGAUGCUCUGUAAUAUUCCGGAAAGUAAUCGUGCCAUUGGCAUUAGCGAACUUAACCAGCGUAUUACAGAGCUAAAGAUGGAGCCAGGUAUGCCGACGGCUCAGGUUCAAGCGCGAGUGCCUGCUAAUACGGGUUUAGGCGGCUUUCAAGAUGAAUUAUCGCAAACUCAGUCACAGAAUCGUAGCAUUGCCUUAACUAAGCAAGGCUAUGCAGCAGUACAUAGUUCUCUACAAGCUCAGUUCCGACGCGACAGCCAGAACUCGAAUGCCAGCACAUAUUACGGCAGCAUGCAAAGUCGACGUAGUAGUCAAUCAUCACAGUUAUCGUCCAUGUCAACUAUGCGACCGAAUCCUUCCUAUAACACGACCUCGGCAUCUCUUUACGACCCAAUUUCGCCGGGCUGCUCUCGUCGGUCGAGUCAAAUGUCAAAUGUUGCGAGCUGCUAUGCCCUGACACCAACAACAGGAUCGAGUUCCACGGACAAGUAUGCGAACACAAACUGUGGGGCUAGUGCACAAAUAAAUGACAACCCUGCAAAUCAAUGUUUCGGCCCUAAUAACAGUCUUCCGCCCCCUCCGUCUUCACAUUUGAUUGCAACUAAUCUAAAGCGCUUGCAGGGGACAAAUGGUAUUAGCAGCUAUCAGCAGGAAAAGGCUUUUCACAACGGCGGACGUUAUUCUACUCCCAAUAUUAUGCAGUCUCCGCAUACUGGGAACUACCGACAAGACGCAGGGUUAGAGUUCGGUAAAACACUGCAGAAUGGUGUACCUAGGCGCCAAUCCGAGCCAUUAUUGCCGAACCUGAGCUUAGAUCCUUAUCUUACUUUGAAUGACCCAAAUAUGCGAAGCUCCAAUAACAGGUAUAUAACAUGCACAGGCGAAACUCAUGGAAAUGAGUUCAGAACCGGACAAAAGGCUGCUCAAAUGCAGGAUGAUUCCAAAGUCCCACUCAACACUGGGAACAUGCUUACGUCACCUGAGCAACAUCCAAAUGAAAGGGUGAAUUUGGAUGAAGUUGAAGAGCUCAUAUUACCCGAUGAGAUGCUGCAGUAUCUAAAUUUGGUUAAAGAUGACGAUAAGCUGUUGUCUACAAAAGGACAUGAAAAUAAAGAUAUAUCAGCUAGCGUAGCAAAAACCUCAUCAACUAAUGAAAAUCAGGAUCGUCCACCUGGAAAUUUAUCAAAUCAACAACUGGCGUCACCCGCCUCAAACCUAGACAUAUCAGUAGCAAUUCGACCGUGUACUACGUCGCAUCAAGCUGGACGUGGCUUCGGAAUAUUAUACGCACAAAGAGAUCAGAUGAACGCAACUGAAUUCCGUCGUCCUGCACAGACGGAAUGCAAUAAUUUUUCGCAGAGACUUGAUAAUGGCCAAUAUGCCCAACUAUCAACGCUAUCUUUUGAGCAACAACCAAUACCAGUAACCCAGAAUCAAAUUAUAGAUUCAUCAAUGACUAGUUUGCCAGAGCUAACGGAUAUUUCUACUAAUACAAAAAUUCCUUCAGAUGAUAUAAGCUUAUUAAAUAGUGAACAUCAAAAUAAUAACGGAAAUGAGAUACAAUGCGGAGUCGUUAGUCAGUCACAAAUGUCACCAUCUAUUAACACAAAUGGCACUGGUCCAGUGCCGACCACGAGGACACAAACUCUUAGCCCAAGCAAAUUCCCUGCAAAGCCCCCCUUGAAAAACAUUCAGCUUGCAUGUCUCCUUGCGGAAAGCCCAAAAAUCGGGACUGAAAACCGAACAAAUAAUGUAACUUCAAUGCAUUUAGAAACAUACCAACGUACCCUGGAAUAUGUUCAAAGCUGUCAAAACUGGAUGCAGACAAACAACGCAGUUACAGGUCAUGUUCAUGUUACAGCAACCACCGCAACCACCAAUAUGCACGUUUCUAACAACAAUCCCGUGUGGUCGGAUGUAAGCAGCUCGACUCACCCUCAUGCGGGAACAAAUAUGGUUAUCAACGAUAUGACUACAUCACUGAGCUCACUUUUAGAGGAGAAUCGAUAUCUACAGAUGAUGCAGUAG